AUGAAUACUCAAUUCUAUCUUCUAGUUUUCUUAUUUGGUACCGGAUUUUGUCAAGGUGCAAAAUUCUCGAGUCAGUGUUUGAGCAAUGCGGACUGUCCAGAAAAUGCUGAAUGUGUGAUCCGGGGUUGUGAAGGCAGUAUAUGUCUGUGUAAAUUGAAGUACAUUCCUACAGACGACUACUCCAAGUGUAUUAGAGUGGCCGAACUGGAUGAAACAUGUGACGAUACAAGUCGGUGUCGCGGUAUACGAAGCCGCUGUGCCGACAAUGGCGUCUGCCAGUGUCAGAGCGGGUACACCGUCACACAGAGAAACACUUCCGAUCCUCUCCGAGACCAGAAACUCUGUAAGAAGGCCCUGACGGACUGGUCUUACGCAUUGCUAGGAGAGACAUGCAGUCCGCCCACGAUUGUGUGUGAGGAGAUAGAAACACAAUGUGUCAACGGCAUGUGCAUGUGUAAAGAAAACUUCCGUGAAGCCAAACCAGAGGAACAAAAUGCUUAUCCUUUUAAUUUCUUUCAGUGUGUCAAGAAAAACUUCAAAUUGAAUGUUUCCGUGGCGCCGAGCGAAUGCAGUUUAUAUCCAACUCCGGCCCAUCCUGCCACGAAUACAGAGGUCUUGUCAACGACGACCACACCGCCAUUAUCAACCAUCAACGGCUUAACUUCCGGCUUGUUGUUAGCAUCACAAACGGCAACGGCGUCCAUUUUAACUCCCUCUACACCAGCUUUUAAGCAAACUAUGUCAUCAGAGUCAUUUGUAAGUUUGACAAACAUGUCAUCCUCAUUAUCGGCUCCAUUCAAUACGGAAGCUACCUUAUCGAGCGUUAUGCCGACGACGUCGAGGUUAACCUCGCCAACGACAGGUGAAUUUCACACUGAUGUUACGGCAUCAACCACAGGUGGAAUUGAUUUGUUUGUAAGUACGCAAAGGAUAGAUACAUCACGCACACUGGACAUUUCACCAAGUUCAGAGAUUUCUUUAUCAGAAACAAUGUUGUUUACACCAAGUUUAAACAGUAAACAAACACUGUCCUCACCGGCACUAACCGCAACGCCGAUCAGAGUCACUGCUGACCAUAUUUCCACCCGAACAGUUACAGCUAAAACGUCAACUGUAAUUACAUCCAAUCAGUUACAAAUUGAAUCCUCCCGCAUGUCUGUCCCUACACCGGACUCUUCAUCAAGGGCGACAACUCAUCCUUUGGAUUCUACGUUACUAGUGACAUCUAUAAAAAAUACGUCUCCAAAGUCAUCUGAAAUCGUUCACGUAACGACCGAAUAUCAGUUCAGUACGGUUGUCAAAAGUACUCAUAGUAACACUGCGGCAAAUGUUGCUUCAAUCACGCCUACAAGUGUAAUAAUGACUCAAUCGAACCGUUUACCUAUUGCUUCGUCUACAAGUGUGUACUCAACAUCCUCGUCUAAUUUUGCUCUGUCCUCCAAAUCACCUUCUACCCCGGGAACAUCCGUUAUUUCUACAACACCAAUAGUUGGCUUGAUUGGCCAGGUUUGUCUCAGAGGUCACGUUUGUCCCUCGAAUUCCAAGUGUGAAAUUGACCUUUGCGGAGACAAUAGAUGUCGCUGUUCACUGGGCUAUAUCGUUGACAAUGGCGGAACAGAGUGCAUACCACUUUCAUCUCUCGGAUCUGCGUGCAAGUCCGACGUGCAAUGCAUUGGACCAAACACGAGAUGUCACAAUCACGCGUGCACAUGUCAGUCAGAUUAUAUUUUGAAUAAUGACAAAACACGCUGUAAACGAGACACUACGUGGUUUGUAGCCUUCCCAUUGCUGCAUGGGAAAUGUAGGCACUUCUUUGCGGAUUGUUACAAUGAUUUUGAACAAGAGUGCUCCGCCGGAAGAUGCAAAUGUAAACAAGGUUUAAGGGAAGCUUCUACAGGCGACAUUUACACUAAGCACAAAAGCUACUCUCAGUGUCGGAACGCGACACUUCCAACAGACUUCAGACCCCAAGCCGACUGUGAAGGGGAUUUGAUAGAAACGGAACUGGAUCCUGCAACGAAGGAGGCACAGCACAAAAUCAAAGUGAUGAAGGGAGCAAUAAUUGGAGGGAUCUGUGGGUUCGUCUUCCUUCUGGGGUCGGCUGUAGCGACCAUACUGCUAGUACGACACAAACGAAGGACAAGAAUUCGCCAUAUAAGGACAGACACAACAUCUCUGAAUUCCUUCGAUCGAAGGUCAAGCGGAAAGUAUUCAUUCCGACUUCCUCGGCCUUUUUCAUUUGAUCUUGGUAAAGACAAGGAAUGGGAGGCAGAACAUCUCUCGGUCCAUAAUUCGGAGUUUGAACCAGCAACAGACUGUGACACGGUUCUCACUUUAAAGGACUCUGAUACUCCACCUAUGAAUGGAACAUUUUCAAAUCCAGUUGAGGUUUCAGACAGUCCUCAUACACCGGACACAAGAUGA